CUAAAUUUCUAGGAAUGCAAGAUAAUAGGGUCUUGAUACUCGAAAAAGGGGUUACGUAUUCUGAUGGUGGGUCUUGAUGCUUCUGGUAAAUCCACAAUUCUAUAUAACCUAAAACUAGGGGAAGUUAUUCGAACCAUUCCCACGGUGGGAUUUAAUUCGGAAACAGUGAAGCACAAAAACGUUGAGUUGGUUGUGUGUGAUGUUGGGGGCCAAGAAAGUAUGAGGCCACUGUGGAGACACUACAUUGGGGAUUCCAAGGGACUUAUAUACGUGGUGGAUAGCGAUGACAAGGAACGUAUUGCAGAGGCAAGAGAUUUGUUGCACGCUCUUCUCAAAGAGGAGGCAUUGCGAGAUGCUGCUCUUCUUGUGUUUGCCAACAAGAAUGAUUUUCCCAAUGCAAUGAGUGUUGCAGAGACAAGUGAGAAGCUUGAAUUGCACCGUUUGCCUCGCCACCAUUGGCAUGUUGAGAGCUCCUGUGCUACUUCUGGUGAAGGUCUCUAUAAAGGCCUGGAUUGGCUUUGUAAAAUGAUAUGUAGAUAG